ACUAUUACUGUAACCUUUCACAAUCAGCCAUUCGGCCCUCCCCCCUGUCCAGCUACGGAGCAGAUGAAGAUGAAUCCAUGGACCCUCUCUGCACUCCUGCUGCUAGCUGGGCCGCUGGGGGUGGACCCUGACUGGCACGUGGAGCACCCUGACUCCUUCUGCGUGGUGGAGGGCUCCACCGCCAUCAUCCCCUGCAGCUUCACCCACCCUGCGGGGCUCCGGGUGAACCGCGUGGUCUGGUGCCCCAAUCACGAGAUCUGCCAAGGCACCACGCCCAACGUGUACGACAGCAGCAACGUCCGGGCCGACAGCAGGUUCCUGUACCUGGGGGACCUCGUCAGGAACUGCACCUUAAAGAUCAUCAAGACGGUGAAACAGGACGCUGCAACGUACCACUUCCGCUUCGAGACCAACGGCGAUAAGUACACCGGACCGAGAGGAGUCAGAGUCAACGUCGCUGAUGGAGAGGUUGUGAAGGUCAGAAGCUCCGUCACUGACCAUGUGGUGAAAGAGGGCAGUCAGGUCACACUCACCUGUACCUCAGCCUGCUCCUUCCACCAAUUGGACGUCCACUGGUACAGAAACGGCCACGCCCUAUCAGAGACAGGCCCCGCCCUCCACCUCAGCGGUCUGACCAAUGACGAAACAGGGAAUUACACCUGCUCUCUUGACUCCAGCGGGCAGAAAACCUCUGCGCCUUGGAGUCUAUUGGUGGGGGAAUAUGAAGAUGGAGAGGUUGUGAAGGUCAGAAGCUCCGUCACUGACAAUGUGGUGAAAGAGGGCAGUCAGGUCACACUCACCUGUACCUCAGCCUGCUCCUUCCACCAAUUGGACGUCCACUGGUACAGAAAUGGCCACGCCCUAUCAGAGACAGGCCCCGCCCUCCACCUCAGCUCUCUGACCAAUAACAACACAGGGAAUUACACCUGCUCUCUGGACUCCAGUGGGCAGAAAACCUCUGCGCCUUGGAGUCUGGUCGUGGUGGAAGAUGAAGAAGGCAGGUUUGACUGGCACCUGACGGUGUCGGUGGUGUUGAAGGUGCUGUGGUCUGUGUUCCUUCUCCUCCUGGCCGGGCUGGUCUUCGCUAAAAGGUCAGCCCCUGGACCGGAACAUGAGAUCGUCUACAGCGAGGUCGUUGGCUGAACCAAACUCAAGCAGCAACUCCUCUUCCUCCUCCAGUGAUGACGAGAUAAGGGAACACUAACGUCAUCAUGUCUGUUGUCUGUCACAGACUUAUUGGUUGAGUCUUGUUCUUUUCAGUUUCUAUUUCUGAUUGUAACAUUUCUGAUGAUUACUGUGUUUUAUGCAUUUGAGUUUUCUUUCUUUAUUGUAUGUUGUUUAUUCUGAAUAUACUCGAGGUUGUCUGAAUAACGGCGAGGUUUGUAAAGACUGGUUCUCCUCCAUUCUGGUCCUGAUGACUAGGCUACGUAUAAAAAAAAUACUUCUCAAUUUGUUUUUUUGAUGGCAAGGCGGCUCAAUCUUUCAUGAGCCAAUUCUUCUUCUGUUAGCUUACAGUAACUAUACAAUCAUAUCUUUAUAGUCUAUGGGUGAUGUAGGCUUACAAUAAGAUCUGUCAUGUUCUUAUCAUCAGUGGUUGCUUUGUUAAGGUGAAGCCAUUUUAAAUACUGAUAAAAUUAAUGGGGGGCAGAUAAUCACCCUCCCCACUGUGGAGCUAAUAUAAGAAGGUGGAAGUAGAAUUCACUGAAACUCAGCAGGAACUUUGUCUGCUGCCAUGUGUGGCGUUGUCCUCUCUGCUCUGAAAGAUAGCAGAAGUCACAUAGAGUUGAAUGAAAGUCAUUUUGUGAAGCAUCUGUAUAAGAAUACAGGCAUUAUAGGUAUGCAUAACCCAAUUUAAACAUAGAAUAAGCUUUUUAGGAACUGUAUUAAACCUUUCAAGUCGGCUAUUAAACUAUACAAGUUUAAUUAUUACCUUAUUCUGAGCAUACAGUGUAUUUUCAUUUGGAUACAGCUGUUAAUAAGCCUAAUGAUUUCUCAAUGCAAAUCAAACCAGCUAAUCGGCUAACUGAAAUAAAACCAUGCCAAUCUCUAGGUAUAGUGAAAGGUAUUUGAUGAUGUGGGGCUAUUUUAAUUCCAAAGCCUGAGGGAACUUAGUCAGGAUGCAUAGUAUCCUGGAUCCAUGAAAUAAUUGGCUUUUAAAAAAUAAAAUCUGCCUGCCUCUUUGGGAAAUUACAAUAGGGGUGACUAUACUUAUGCACCCUGCAUUUUAAGGGAGAACGUUUAUUUAUUUACGAUACCCUACAUUAUUCAUUCACAAAGCAAAUUGGUGUCCUUAAAGGUUGGAUUUUUCAUCAAUGGAAUAAUUAAGGCAUUAAGAUCAAUUUCUAAGAGAUUACUUUUUUAUUCCUCUUUUUAGUCAACUUUAGCAUGGGUGCCUAAAGUUAUGCCUACCACUGUAUAUCAUAUGUAUAUAUAUAUAUAUAUAUAUAUAUAUAUAUAUAUACAUAUAUAUAUAUCGUUUUUACUAUGCACUUAUUUACAGCAAUUCAUGAUAUAAAUCAAUAAACUCAGAACCUGUCAGCA